UUAUGAUCUCGGGUCGCCCUGAGUUAUUGGUUUUCUUCCUGUUCCUUUUGGGAUUCUCACUUUUCUGCUUUAUCUCUUGGUUUGUUGUGAUUGUUGUUGUUGUUGUUGUUGUUAUUAUCGAUUAUCUCCACACGAACAAACAGCUCACGCACUUCGUCUCCUGUCGAGAUCUGCUGACUGGAAUGAUGGUCUGAUAGCUUUUUUUUUUUUUUGUCUUUCGGCGUCAAAACUUCUCCACAGUACAACGGCGUGAAACCCCACCGCAGCGAUCGACUCUUGAAUU